UAAGACCCACUCUUGGAGGGAAGUAGGAUCUAGGGUCAUCCUUGCUCCACCGAAAGGUUCUGUCAUGGUGGACCUAUUCCUGGGUAAGGUUCUGGUGAAGAACAACAAGGACCGGGACGAGCUGGACACAGAUCGCGAGGUCACCCUGAGGCUCCAGAACCGCAUCGUGAUGCUGUUCUUCGGCUCCGGGGAGUGUGGAAGGUGUCAGGACUUCGCUCCGACCCUCAAAGACUUCUUCAAGAGGCUGACGGACGAGUUCUACGUGGAGCGCUCGGCUCAGCUCGUCCUGUUUUACAUCUCGCUCGACGCCUCCGAGGAGCAGCAGGAGGAGUUCCUGAAGGAGCUGCCCAAGCGCUGCCUCUUCCUGGCCUUCGAGGACCCCUACAGGAAAAAAUUAGAGGCCAUGUUCGAGGUGAAGGACAUCCCCACGGUGGUGGUGCUACGACCCGACUGCUCCGUCCUCUCCCCGAACGCCGUGACGGAGAUUCGAACCCUGGGAACGGACUGCUACCAGAACUGGAGGGAGGCGGCCGAGCUGGUCGACCGCGACUUCCUGAUGAACGAGGAGUACGAUGAGAGCGAGCGUCGCAGCUUCACCGACGUCAUCCGCCGACAGAAAUACAAAGUGGAGGAUGAAAAGAAGAAGAAGAGGAACGAGGACCACAGAGAGGACGAGGGAAACGAUGGAGGACCUUGGAGUUAGGACUUUAUUAUUUGUGUUAUUGGAGUCUAACUGGUGAAGCUGGUGGGAGAUCCUAAUUUACGCACAGCAGAGUUUUUACUGUCCAGUUGUACAUUAAAAGUUUUGUAUGUUCUUCCUCUAACUGUGUGGGUUUAUUCCAGCCUGAAUUCUGUUUUUGUUCUACUGACUAAUAAUAAUAAUAAAGAUAAUAAUAAUAAUAAUAUAAUUAAAA